AUGCGAAGGGAUACGUACUUUCAGAUUGAGGAGCGAUGGGCCAAAGAUGCCACAGAGGAAAGGAUUGCGCCAGUGCAUCCGCCUAACUAUGACAAUUAUAUGAUCGUACAAGGAAGUAGUGUGACCGCUAGCAGUCCGAGCGCACAGCAGUUACAAAUAAAGGUGGAGCCCUCACUUAUUGAAAAAUUAACGGCCAAACUUCGUUCUCUUCGUACAGAGCAGCAGGAAAAAAGGCGAUCCAUGCAGCUGUAUCAGCAGGAUUUGCCGGCGAUGGAAGUGCCAGAGAUCAAGGCAAAAUUUCAAAAUCUUGCUGAAACAAUGCGACGACGACAGCAAAUGGAAGCUGAUGCAUUAUACGCAGAGCAGGUUUUUGUUUGGAAUUCGGCGAUCCAGAAGAGCGAGGAUUCCACGUUGUUAGCUCUGAAGAAUGCGGUGCCACGUGUGCCGGUGAUAGCAUUAUCUCUGAAUCUGUAA